CUGCACUACAACUGCACUACAGCUGCACUACAGCUGCACUACAACUGCACUACAGCUGCACUACAGCUGCACUACAGCUGCACUACAACUGCACUACAGCUGCACUACAACUGCACUACAACUGCACUACAGCUGCACUACAACUGCACUACAGCUGCACUACAACUGCACUACAGCUGCACUACAGCUGCACUACAGCUGCACUACAACUGCACUACAACUGCUGCUACAGCUGCACUACAACUGCACUACAACUGCACUACAGCUGCACUACCAGCUGCACUACAACUGCACUACAACUGCACUACAGCUGCACUACAACUGCACUACAGCUGCACUACAGCUGCACUACAGCUGCACUACAGCUGCACUACAACUGCACUACAGCUGCACUACAGCUGCACUACAGCUGCACUACAACUGCACUACAACUGCACUACAGCUGCACUACAACUGCACUACAACUGCACUACAGCUGCACUACAACUGCACUACAGCUGCACUACAGCUGCACUACAACUGCACUACAGCUGCACUACAACUGCACUACAGCUGCACUACAACUGCACUACAACUGCACUACAGCUGCACUAUAGCUGCACUACAGCUGCACUACAGCUGCACUACAACUGCACUACAACUGCACUACAGCUGCACUAUAGCUGCACUACAGCUGCACUACAACUGCACUACAACUGCACUACAGCUGCACUACAGCUGCACUACAACUGCACUACAGCUGCACUACAACUGCACUACAACUGCACUACAACUGCACUACAGCUGCACUACAGCUGCACUACAGCUGCACUACAGCUGCACUACAACUGCACUACAGCUGCACUACAACUGCACUACAACUGCACUACAACUGCACUACAACUGCACUACAGCUGCACUACAGCUGCACUACAGCUGCACUACAACUGCACUACAGCUGCACUACAGCUGCACUAUAGCUGCACUACAGCUGCACUACAACUGCACUACAACUGCACUACAACUGCACUACAACUGCACUACAGCUGCACUACAGCUGCACUACAACUGCACUACAACUGCACUACAGCUGCACUACAACUGCACUACAACUGCACUACAGCUGCACAACAACUGCACUACAACUGCACUACAACUGCACUACAGCUGCACUACAACUGCACUACAGCUGCACUACAGCUGCACUACAGCUGCACUACAACUGCACUACAGCUGCACUACAGCUGCACUAUAGCUGCACUACAGCUGCACUACAGCUGCACUACAACUGCACUACAGCUGCACUACAAUUGCACUACAGCUGCACCACAGCUGCACUACAACUGCACUACAGCUGCACUACAACUGUACUACAACUGUACUACAACUGCACUACAGCUGCACUAUAGCUGCACUACAGCUGCACUACAGCUGCACUACAACUGCACUACAACUGCACUACAGCUGCACUACAGCUGCACUACAGCUGCACUACAACUGCACUACAGCUGCACUACAGCUGCACUACAGCUGCACUACAGCUGCACUACAACUGCACUAUAG